AAAGAAAGGAGUGGCCAAGGUCGACGUAAAAGUUUAGUAGGGGUCGACGUAAGCACUGCAGGCUUGACAGAUCAUACCGGUGUUUGCUGACCCUGGUCUGCGGCAGAUGAGCGGUGAAGCCAGCUAACCAAUCGUGUAACGUUAGCUAGUUGUGAAUGCAUUUACCACUCGCUGUCGUUUGGGUGCGAUGAGGCUUGUGAACUAAUGUUAGUUUGUUAAAGUUUGCUAAUAAGAUAUCUUUUACCAAUGCGUUAGACUGAUAAGUUACACUCGUAACUUAUUUUAGCAUAACGUUAGCUGAGCUUGCACAACGUUACGUUGCUUCUGGCAGUAAUACGCCUUUCAAGUCAUACUCACAUGUUUUAUUUAAGUAACUAGCAGCUAAUCUUAACAGCAAAUUAUUAAACGAGGUCCCAAACAUUUCGCCAAAACUAAACACACUAGACCGUUAACGUUUACGUUACUAGUAGCUAGCUUCUAGCUAUUUCGCUGACGUUAAGCAACUGUUAGCUUAGCUGUCGCUACAAUAGCACCAUAAGCGACACUUAACUGUUAGUUCAGUUAACUAAAUAGACACCAAACGAAUUGCAUUGUAACUUCACAACACCGAUAGGUUAAACAAUAUGCUACAACUUGCUAUACGCCUUUAAUGUGUACGUAGGUAUGACAAAGUAUGCAACAUAGGCAGCAUUACUAACUGAAACAGCGCUAUCGCUAGCUAGCUAGCACCAUUUCAGCUGCCGCACCGUCAAACUAGCUUGGAUAGCUAGCAGGCUACCACUCUGCUACCAGCAUGAUGCUCUUGCCUCCUCAUACUGACAGAGUCGGUACUUAAUUGGCGACCAUAAGAAUUGUUAAGUGUAGUCCACAUCAGUCAUCACGACGGCGAAAGAGAUAGAGGAAUCAGCACCCAUUCUGCAGGCUUCAGCAGCUGCAUCCCCUCCCUCCAGAAUGGAGAUGGCUUUGGCCCACCCGGCGCUGAAAGCCUUCAUGUGCGGCUCCCUGAGUGGCACCUGCUCCACGCUGCUCUUCCAGCCGCUGGACCUGGUGAAGACGCGCCUGCAGACGCUUCAGAACAACAUGGCCCCCGGGGCUCCCAGGGUCGGCAUGGCGACAGUGUUCCUCAAUGUCAUCCGCACCGAGCGGCUGCUGGGGCUGUGGAAGGGCGUCUCUCCGUCCUUCAUGCGCUGCAUCCCCGGCGUGGGCAUCUACUUCAGCACAUUCUACUCGCUCAAGCAGCACUACUUCCUGGACCGCGCGCCAAACGCCGGAGAGGCCGUGCUGCUGGGGGGCGGCGCCCGCUGUGUGGCAGGGGUGGCCAUGCUGCCCGUCACAGUCAUCAAGACCCGCUUUGAGAGUGGGCGCUAUAACUACGUGAGUGUUUUUGGGGCGCUGCGCAACGUGUGUGAGACGGAGGGCCCCAGGGCUCUGUUCUCCGGCCUGACCGCCACCCUCCUCAGAGACGCCCCUUUCUCUGGCAUCUACGUCAUGUUCUACAGCCAGGCCAAGAGGUCUCUCCCACCGGAGGUGGCGGCGUCUGCGUUUUCUCCUCUGGUGAAUUUUGGCUGUGGCGUGGUGGCGGGGGUGUUGGCAUCGUUGGCCACCCAGCCGGCAGACGUGGUGAAGACCCAUGUGCAGGUCAGCCCGGCCCUGUACCCUCGGACCUCUGAUGCGGUGCGCUUCAUAUACACGGAGCAUGGCCUGAGUGGGUUCUUCCGGGGCGCAGUGCCUCGCUCCCUGAGGCGGACCCUGAUGGCCGCCAUGGCCUGGACUGUGUACGAGCAGCUGAUGGCACGGAUGGGGCUCAAGUCCUGAGGUCUCGCUGGACUGCACUGGGAAGUGUGGUGUGCAGAUUGGAUUUUAUACAGAACUGAGUGGUGGGAUGGAGAAGGGGUGUGUUUGUAUGGAGAGAGAGAGAGAGAGAGAGAGAGAGAGUAUUUAUGCUUGAUGUGUAAGUGCAAAAAAUCUAUAUUUUUUCACUCUGGAAGGACAAUUGUGUAUGAGUUUGAUGAAGGUGAGUGCCGUGUCUACCGUCAUUGUGUUGAGAUCAUUUUCAACAUGAGUGUGUGUGUGUGUGUGUGUGGUGUGUGUUUGUGCUUGUGUAGUGUUCAUGUUGUGUAGAAGACCCCAGCCACACGUAACCCACGGUGACAUUCCUUAGCGUCCAUCUGAUCUGACUCUGGUGAGGCCGUCAUGCAAGACGACACUCCCAGGAGAAUUUAUUCGGUGUCUAGUCCUGUGUUGCCGGCCAUUUAAAGAACUGCGUGCCCUGAUCCCAGACACCACACCUUACCAACCUGUCGCUCUUAGAAAUGUGUCUCAGAUAAGCACUUCUCUCUCUAAUGGAUGCAGACGACCCAGAGGGAGAGGUGUGGUUGAGACAGAAGAACACACAAGCUCAGACAAUCAACAGUCAAGAUUAAAUGCUAACAACUUAUGGCACAUGUAUGAUUAAUGUAACUGGAAUCUCUACUUGUUGCAGUGCUAUGUGGUACAGAUUGCUAAAUUCUUUGCUGACAAUAGGCGUGAACUUGGAACAUACUGAAGAUGUUUAAGGAUUUUAAGGAAUUUUUAAAGUUUAUUUUGUUGUUGUUUUUUUUGCAGUGUGGAUCCAGAUAACUAAACCAUUUCAGUAACUAGUGGUGCCAUUUUCUUUUGAAUCCAACAGUCCUGUGCUUUACCUAGUUGUCCCAUAAUAACCAGUUUCUGCCUUUGUCAUUGAGUUUCAUUGCACUUCCAUCCUUGCAACUGCAAGGGAGUUUUUACCUGUCCAACCCAUUCCUCCUCAAAAUUGAUCCAAGGAAACACCAUUGUACCGCUCUCAUGUACAAUUUGGAUGUGGCUGGUGCUUUGUGAUGUGAAUUGUUGUGUUGUGGGACGUCCCUCAUCACCGUGGUUGUCAUCCCUAUAUAGACCGUUCCGUUCAAAACACUGGAGGAGGAGAAGGGAACAUGUUGGACAUGCGACGUGAGCCUUAUCUUUGUAAAAGCACUGAAAAGAUGGCUGGCGUCAUCUAUUGAGUUUUAGCAAUCCGGAAGUCUGCCUCUUGGUGCCAAUCCAGAACCGGAAGUCUGCCUCUUGGUGGCGAUCCGGAAGUCUGCCUCUUGGUAGCGAUCCGGAAGUCUGCUUCUUGGUGGUGAUCCUGAAGUCUGCUUCUUGGUGGUGAUCCGGAAGUCUGCUUCUUGGUGGCGAUCCGGAAGUCUGCAUCUUGGUGGCGAUCCUGAAGUCUGCUUCUUGGUGGUGAUCCGGAAGUCUGCUUCUUGGUGGCGAUCCUGAAGUCUGCUUCUUGGUGGCGAUCCUGAAGUCUGCUUCUUGGUGGCGAUCCUGAAGUCUGCUUCUUGGUGGCGAUCCUGAAGUCUGCUUCUUGGUGGUGAUCCUGAAGUCUGCUUCUUGGUGGCGGGUAGGUUAACUCCUCACGCUCAGUCAGAGCAUGCCAUUCCUAGCUUGCCUGGAGCACUUCCAAGUGAAAAGCUCCUUUCCAGGGACUGUCCUUCAGGAGUACGGAGUAGUAAAUUUGGCUACUCGCAUUUCAAGAUGGGCAAUUUUCUAACUUGGUGACAGUCAAGACUAGCAGGAGGUGCCCAACAACUGGACGGAGCCUGGUGUCAUUCUCUUUCAUUGCCUUCUCCCUUGAGGUUGUGAAUGGGUCAUAGCCAAAUCCCAUCACACAUAACGUGCAAUUGUGCUUUACUGUUACAGGGUGACGUAAACGUAUUCCAUUUGUUUGUGUAUGCGUACGUACACAGAUGUUGACUCCAGUGCUGGAUGUGACCUGGUGUCUUGGUUCUAGUGCAGACUGAGUGUUCACAUUUUCCUGCUUGUGCUAGAUCAGCGCCAUUCAGUGGGCGUCGGCCUUAGCCUUUUUGGAAUCCGCAUUCGUCAGUAUUUUUGUCCUCAUGGUUGUUGUAGAUAUUGUCUGUCCGUGGGGUGUGUUUUUUUGUUUUCUUUUUGUAAAGUUGUCCUUUAUUUGUUUAUCUGUGAAUAAAUUUGCCACCCUUUUGAUGAAA